UGCACAGCAGCUGCGGAGUCCGCAUGUAGCAAAUGUUAUAAGAGCUUCGCUGUUCAUGCAGCCUAUCAUUUUCCUCCCCAUGCGCUGGCUAGCUGAGGUACUGCUGGUCCUCCCCCUUGCGGGGUCAGUCCACGCUGCUCAGAUUCCAUUUCACCUCAAGUCUACUGCCUCAAAGGAGGCAGAACUUUCCCUGCCUGUCGAUGUAACCUCGACGAAUUGGGACCUCAACGUCAAGCCCAGCGUCAACUCGACCAGUCAUCUGAUCUUCGACACCGUAAGCGCGUUCUUGCAGCAUUGGCCGAAUACUCGUUAUCGCAAUGGGCACAAUCUGGUACCCGGAAUCGUACCAGUCGGAACACUUCUCUAUCAUGGACGCGGGGAUUCAAAUCUGCCUACUGUUCCUGAAUGGACGGCCACGGACCCUGAGCACGCAAAUGCCUUUUGUCGUGGCUCCCAGGAGACGGGAUGUUGGCAGGUCACUCUGGUUAGCACUCGGCCUCUCAAUGUGCUGUAUUUCGAUGGCAGUAGCGCUGCCAAGAUGAAAGGAGGACCCAUGGAUACACAGGAUAUCGUUGCAUGGAGGAAGCUCAUCCCAGAGUGGAUGUUCAACGAGGGCAGAAGACUAGCCGACCUUUGUGUAUGGGGACAGAAGUUUGGUGUGGAUGGAUUUGUGAGAAUGGAAAUGGACUUCGAAAUCAUGCUAUGCGAUUUUACGGUGGGCGUAGACGUCGUUUCGUUCCUCAACCUGGUAUCAAAUGGUCGAGGUCCACGCGGAGGGGGCGGUGGGAGCCCUGGAGGUCCGGGUGGACCACCGCCUGGCGGACCACCCGGUAAAGAUUCCAUGGAAGGGCCUUCCCCAGCGGACCCAUCUGCAAGCACUGAUGCUUUCAGUGAAGUCAUACAUUCUGGAUCAUGGCACAAUAGGUACCCGGGGGAAACACGCAUUCAGCUCGAUCUUGCGCGGAUGAUCUCAUUUUACGAUACCUCCUUAGUUCCGAGUCUGGUUCCCUACAGAUUCAACCAAGAACGCUGGUUCCACCGUCUUGAAGGGGUCAGCGAUGACGAUAUCUCCGCAGUUAUGGACCGUCUAGAACAAGCCAUGCAGACUGCGCAUGGGGGCGAAUCCGGUGUUGAUUGGACCACUUUGGUCCAUGUUAUUGUGGACCGCUACGGCGAUCGAUUAGAGAUGGUACAAUAUUUGUUGAACUCAACCGGGAGCCCUGAUUCAGAUGGCCUCCGCGCAGCAAAACGGGUUCAGACCCAGCUGAAAGUCAUGGUGCAGCCGUAUCAACUUCAUUCAGUCGUUCCACCCUCGCUUCCUUCCGACGACCAUUCCUGGGCCUCUCCGAUCUUCAAAUUAUGCGCGACAACACAUACUUCGUACAUCGCCAAGAACAAGUUGACGCGAUCGGAACACCUGAUCUUGGAAUCCAUAGACGAGACAAAUAGAGAAAUCUGUCGUGUUGUGACCCGAAUGUGGGCUCAAGGCGUUGUAGCCGGAUUAGACGAUGCGCCCACGCCUAUGAAGCUCGAAGACUCGCCAUCGUCUGAUCUUCUUCCCCAAUGGAAGACUCAAAUCAACGACUUGAUGGCCUGGUUAGACUGGAGUGUGUGGGUCAAGUGCAGGCCUGAUUGUGGAUUCGAGGAAUACUGCUACUUACCUACAUGGCCUUUCUUCGGGCGCGGUGGGGGAGGCCCACCUGGGAGAGGUCCAAACUCUCCAGGCGGACCCGGUCAACCGCCUACGCGUUUCUUAGAGGACGUAGAUGAUUGGGAAAAACCGCAGCCCAGAUGUAUUCGGAAAAUCGAGCCUUUUGAUAUGUGAUGAGUUGAUAAUGGCGGUAUACCUCUUUGUAAAUCUGCUGUACCAAUGUAUCUCAUAUCUAUGCUACCCUGUCUUACUUAAGACUUAGAGCGUUAACUAUGUAAAUGUUGUAAAUAUACGCCUAAUUUGAUUCUUCCUUCGUAUGGGCAACGUCCAGCGCGUCGUCCCACAGCCU